UCAAAUGUCAACCUGAAGGAAGUAAAUCAUAUGUGCUCACUUAAUGCCGGAACGUAUCAGGACAGUUUGGCUCUUGCAACCGAAUAUUCAGUUAUUCUUGGUACAAUUAAUGAAAUUCAAAAGUUACACAUUCGAACGGUACAAAUGGGACCAGGAAGCUUCUCAAUAGUUUGGUGUUAUAACGGUGCGAAUGGAUCUUCAGGACUCGAGUGGUCUGACUCCUUCGAGACAGAGCGCGUCAACUCAGACGACAAAUGUAACUUACUCGAGCAACAUGGCACUGCUUAAGCCAGGAGCCAGUAGUGCCGAGUUUGGUCAAGAAGUUGAAAUUCACAAUCUACUUAUCAUCGAUCAGAAUACGUUCGAGUUGCUACAUGCACAUCAAUUCAUGCAAACGGAGUAUACUAUGUCACUGAUUUCGGCGAAGUUGGGUAACGACUCGAAUACUUAUUGCAUCGUCGGCACAGUACUGGUACAUCAAGCGGAACCGGAACCCAAAGUAGGAAGGAUUAUCAUCUAUCACUACGCGGAUGGAGCCCUCACUCAAGUUAGCGAGAAGGGAAUCAAGGGCGCGUGCUAUUCUCUCAUUGAGUUUAACCGUCGUGUAUUAGCUAGCAUCAAUUCAACUGUACGAUUGUAUGAGUGGACUGAUGAUAAGAAUUUGCGACUUGAAUGGCCGCAGCAACGGACGACGAACGAUAGCAAGUACCAAAGGUUGCUCAAUGCGAUCUCGACCGACGUGGAUGGAACUAAGAAGGAAGCGGCCGUACAUGAUAUAAUCAAGAUUAUAGAAGACCUAACAUGGAUAAAUCAGGAUGUCCAGUGUUGA